CCGCCACCAAACCCUAGCCCAGCCCGCCCGCCCGCCACCCCCCACUCCGCCCCCCGGGCGGAUCCCCGCCCGGCCAGAUCUAGGUGCUCCCUGCCUCCCCGCACCUCUCGCCGCCGGUAGUGCCCCCGACCCCUCCCUCUCCUCGCUCCCCCACCCCGAGUCCCCUCAGAUCCGAUGGGCACGCACCUUCACAAGGAUGAACCAUCACCUUCAAAGUAGUGAUUACCAGAAGCUCUUCUGUAGGAGGAUGGAUUCUGCUGAGCUCCAGACUCCCCUUCUACAUGGUCUUCCGGAUGAAAUCGCUCUUCUUUGCCUGGCAAGGGUUCCUCGGCAGUAUCACAAUGCUCUCAGAUGUGUCUCGAGGGGAUGGAAGGCAUUGUUAUGUAGUGAAGAGUGGCACUCUUACCGCAAGAGGAACAACUUGGAUGAGUCCUGGAUAUAUGUGAUCUGUAGGGGUACAGGCUUCAAAUGCUAUGUUCUUGUUCCUGACCCUAUGACCCGGUGCUUGAAAGUCAUCCAAGUCAUGGAACCUCCAUGCUCAGGGCGGGAAGGCGUUUCCAUAGAGACCUUGGACAGGAGGUUAUUUCUCAUGGGUGGUUGUAGUUGGCUAAAGGAUGCUACUGAUGAAGUGUAUUGUUACGAUGCUGCUUCAAAUCACUGGAGCAAAGCAGCACCAAUGCCUACUGCUAGGUGCUUCUUUGUAUCUGCAGCUCUGAACGACAAGAUUUAUGUUACUGGAGGACUCGGACUGACCGACAAGUCACCUAAUUCUUGGGACAUCUAUGACAAAGCCACAGACUCCUGGUUCUUGCACAAGAACCCGAUGCUCACUCCCGACAUUGUCAAAUUCGUGGCGUUGGAUGAUGAGCUGGUGACCAUCCAUAAGGCGUCCUGGAACAGGAUGUACUUUGCGGGAAUAUAUGACCCGGUCGACCAGUCCUGGAGGGGCAAGGAGAAUGAGAUUGCCCUGUGCUGGUCUGGGCCGACGGUCGUCGUUGAUGGGACGCUCUACAUGCUCGACCAGUCCCUCGGCACGAAGCUGAUGAUGUGGCUGAACGAGACCAAGGAGUGGGUAAUGGUCGGCAGGCUGUCGGACAAGCUCACGCGCCCGCCCUGCGAGCUUGUGGCCAUCGGCAGGAAGAUCUAUGUGAUCGGCAAGGGGCUGAGCACGGUGACCAUCGACAUGGACAUGGCGGCCAGGGUGGACGGGUUCCUGGUCUCCUCGUCAACCGGGCCGCUGAUGGAGCACGACUUCUCGCCGGAGAAGUGCAGUGUCAUCACCAUCUGAAGACGGCCAUUCGCUGGGUUGCUUGUGCCGUGAACUGAAAUAACAGUGGACGUUUGGUCUUUUUCUUGUGGCUGUAUAUCGACUUCUGUAUUUUGGUGGGAUGGCUGUACAUUGAUUGACUUUUGACUGUAAACAUGCGGGAAGAAAAGCUGAGUUGUAUGUUUGUACUUGUUGAAUAUGAAUAAAUUCUGAUCGUAA